CUGGUCCUUCGGUGUGAAGGCGAGUGCUGGCUCUUUGACUGUGGGGAGGGAACCCAGACACAGCUUAUGAAAAGCCAACUUAAAGCAGGACAGUUUUCCAACGGCAAAUAUAUUGGGAGAGAGAGAUUGGCAUCAGGAGACCAGUUCCAAGGCAGUGGCAUUCACCUGAGAGAGAGAGAGAAGAUGAAGAUGUUGAAGCAGGAAGUAGGGAUAAGGAUGAAGAUGAGAGACUCAAAGAGAUACUUAUAGAGCCAACAGGAGGUGGUGACUGAGUAAAUGUCUAGUAUGUGAAGAAGUGAAGAAUUAUUACAAGUUACAGGUGAUGAUGUCCCAGACCAAGAUUGGGAGUUAGGAGAAGAGCUGUUGGAAGAAGGGACUAAUGCACUUGGGACACAUGGCCUUGAGGUGUACACAGUUCAACGCUAAUUAUAUACUGUCUUAUGUUGAAACCCUGAGGUCAGAGCAGGUAUUAUGCUUUACGUCCCUUGGAUCACACAGGGGUUCCUUUCAGGAGAACAUGCCUCCACAUGCCAGAGUAGAGGCUGUAAUAUUUAACAGUUUAGAGAGUAGGGGUUAAGGUGUCAGGGUGAUUGAAAUAGAAACAAGUAACUGUUGUGUUAAGAGGUUUGGGUGUAGGGUAAGUCUUCACUUUUUAUUUAGUACCUGUAUCAGUUAUCUAAUGCUGCAUAGCAGAUUAUAAAUUUAGUGGGUUAUUUGCAUUUAUUAUCUCAUAGUUUCUGUGGGUCAGGGAGUUCGGGCCUGGCUUAGCUGGAUUCUCUGCUUCAGGGUAUCACUGGGCUGCAAUCCAGGUCUUGGCCAGGGCUGUGGUCUCAUCAUAGUCUCCACUAGGGGAAGAAUCUCUUUUCAGUGCUCACUCAGGUUGUCGGCAGAAUCCUUGUAGUUGUAGGACUGAGGCUGCCUGCAGCAACUAGAGGCCUCCUAUAGUUCUCAUCAUGGGGGUUUCUGCUUCAGGGUAGGUUGCUCUAUUACUGCCAGCAAGGGAGAGAGACUCCAGAGCAAGUCUGCCAGCAAGAUGGAGUCUUAAUCAUGUAGAAGAAUAUAAAGAAAUAAGUUUAUGGUGAUAAGUAGAACUUCUAAAUUCAUUUUAUUGCUUUCUAUGGAGAAUUACUAAGAUCUUCAUCACGCAUCUUCAUGGAGACCAUUUCUUUGGCCUUCCUGGCCUCCUCUGCACAAUCAGCCUGCAGAGUGGCUCCAUGGUCACCAAACAGCCGAUCGAAAUCUAUGGCCCUGCGGGGCUUCGGGACUUUAUCUGGCAAACCAUGGAACUUUCUCACACGGAGUUGGUCUUCCCUUAUGUGGUCCAUGAGCUGGUGCCUACAGCGGAUCAGUGUCCUACAGAAGAACUGAAAGAAUUUGUACACGUGGAUAAAGCAGACAACCCUCCCAAAGACGGACAAGGAAGAACUAUCCUGUUAGACUCAGAAGAAAACUCAUACCUCCUGGUUGAUGAUGAACAGUUUGUUGUGAAAGCAUUUCGCCUCUUUCAUCGAAUACCCUCCUUUGGAUUUUCAGUUGUGGAGAAGAAACGCCCAGGUAAACUCAAUGCACAGAAACUGAAAGAUCUUGGUAAGUGUUUUUUUCCUUCCUCGUCAGUCGAGUUGUUGUUAACCAAAGCAGUUAGAAGUGUCAUAGAAACCUUUUCUUGUCUCCCAGGCCUAAAACUGACAUUUUCUCUACUUACUUCCUUUGCCCAGAGUUUGUUUAUUAAGGGAAAUUCUUGGGGCCAAAAUUUGCUAUACAGAGCAAAAACCAAGUAUCUAUUUGAAUUCUCUCUUCAGCUCCCUAGAUGCACAUUCUUGAUCUGUCUUAUCUUCAGCUUUUACUAUCUUGGUUGGUGGAGUGGACCUGUUGUCUCAGGUCUAGGCUUUUAUUUUUUUCAUGUCAUCUUUUUGAAAUAUGUUUUCAAUGACAUCUUUGGCCAGAGACUUUUUGCCAUAGUUCUUAACCUUGCAACUCCAACCAACUGCUCUCUGGGUUUUCCUUCUUUAUUGACUUUGCCUAGUCAGUCAACCUUGAUUAAGUUAAUUUGGUGUUUAGAAUACUGCCUUAACCAGUUUUAUAUACCUGGGUUCAUCACGCUCGGAAGCAAGCAUCCAGAGAUUGGCUUGGGGCCCAUCGAAGGCUUCAUACCCCCUCCAUGCUAGGCCAUCGUGUGUGAGAGUUCUUCAGCGCCUCUCCCAAAGCAGUGUCCGGGUACAUCAUUCCUCCAGCAUACCACCUUCCUUGGCAUGGCUACAACAGAGCCUGUGAAAACAUGGUGAUGAUGAUGUUUUUUUGUGUGUCUUUUCUUCAUUUACGCAAUGUCUUCUUUCUUUCCCAACUAAAACAAAAUGCUAAGUAAUGAGGAAAAGUGCCUUAGGCCAAAGGUAUUUUUAUUAUCGAAAAACCUGUGAAAAUACUGUCAUAUUGGGAAACUUUAAACAUGAUCUGUGUUGGAAUUAGUGAACACAUUCUGUUUGUUUGUGUGUGUUGCCCAGAGUGAUGAUCAGGGGUUAUUCUCGAUUAAUAUGAGAUUUAAGCCCAGUUUGGUAAACAUGGAACUGCCCCUAUCUACAAAGAAGAUUGAUUAUUUAUAACUGCCUGAAAUUCUGCUUGAUCUUGUGAUCCAGAUAAUCCCCUCUAACAGUUUUUUUUUUUAUUAUGUUAGUUUGUACCUUGUCAUUUAAAUGGGCUCUUUAAUUUUACCCAAAGAUGAGCUUAUUAAAUACAGCACUCUCAAAUAAUGUUAUCCCCAUGCACAGCAGAGAAUCAAGGCUGUUAUCUUGACCGUAAUAAGGUUUUAGUGGGACUUAAGAGCUUAAAACUCAUCUGACACAUGUGCUUGGAAAUGUUUUAAGUACUCCAGCAUUGCUAAUAUCAAUCGCCAACAGUGAACUUUUAAAAAUGUAUAAAUAUUCCAGUUUUCCACAAGUAAUAAAAUAUUUAUAACAAUUAUGAAAAGAAUUGGAUGCCUUUUCCAUUUGCUGUUUACUGUGCUGUUGAAACAGACUCUCUUAACAAGUCAUAAAUGCCAUUCCCAUG